AUGACCGGGAGCUGCAGCAACGAGCCCGGCGCAUCCGAGGCGGACGAGGUCGGGGACGCAUCCGAGGCCAACGAUGGGAGGCCGGUGUCAGCUGGAUCGACCGACGACUCGCAGCCCGUCCGGUCUUCGGCUCCAUGUCCCAAGAGAUGCCGGCGGGCGGUGCAGAAGCGGGUGGUGACGAUGCCGAUCAGCGAGGCGAAGGGCGGCGGCGAGGGGGCUCCGCCACCGGAUUCGUGGACCUGGAGGAAGUACGGCCAGAAGCCUAUUAAAGGUUCACCUUAUCCCAGGGGUUACUACAGGUGCAGCAGCUCCAAGGGGUGCCCGGCGAGGAAGCAGGUGGAGCGGAGCCGCGUCGACCCAGCCGUGAUCGUGGUUACCUACUCCUUCGAGCACAACCACACCUGGCCGGUCCCCAGGAACCACCACCACAAGCACGCCGCGGCACGACCCGAGGAGCAGCUGGGCCAAUCCGGCACGCCGGACUCCGCGGAGCGCGACGAGAAAUUCUCCGAUCCGAUCGCAGAGGAGGAGUCGGCGCUCACGGUCGACGCGCGUGGCGGCUUCCCGUGGUUUGCCGACGUCUGCUUCACGCCCUCGGCCUCCCCCUCCGUCGAUAACUCCCACGAGCUGCUCUACGGGUCGGUCAUCUUCGCCGGGGCCGCGGCCGCGCUGCCCGAGGAACUGGAGGAGCAGGCCGCGGGGGGAGGCGGGGGGGGCGAGGAGGACUCGCUGUUCGCCGGGCUCGGAGAACUGCCGGAGUAUUCGGUGGUGCUCCGCCGGGGGCUGGUGCCGGCGUCGUGGCUGGGGACCACCGGGUGACGGUCACCCCCGCCGUCGAUCCGAUCGAGAAGAGCAGCCGUGCGGCGUACGAUUGGCGGAUCUUCCUUCCUUUGUAGUUGACGUACAUAGAUCGUCCUCUUCUUGAUUUCUUUUCCCCUUUUCCGGCUUCUUCCCUCUUUAUCUUUUUUACCUACACGUUGUUGGCUCCAAUAAUGAAUUCCUGUUAUACA